AUGGCAGACGUUCCGAUCGACUGUGACUUCCCUGUCUGGGGAUUAUUACCAAAAAAAGAAACGGGGGUUGUCUCGUUUCUAAAUAAAAAUGCCAAUUACGAUGGCAGGGAUACAGUUAUUGCUAUAUUUGAUUCCGGUGUCGACCCUGCAGCAGAAGGACUCAAGGUGACGAGUACUGGAGAGACUAAGGUUAUUGAGAGGUUCGACUGCAGUGGUUGCGGGGAUGUAGACACGACCACUACAAAAAAACUAGCAGAAGGAUGCAUUACCGGCCUAACUGGUCGCAAAUUAAAGAUACCAGAAACAUGGAAAAAUCCCACAGGAGUAUGGCGUGUGGGUGUGUUGCAUCCAUUUAGCUUAUAUCCAACUAAACUAAAGGAGCGUGUGCAGGAGCACCGUAAAGAACAUAUAUGGGAUGUAGGUUAUAAACCUGCCUUUGCUGAGGCCAACAAACAGCUACAAGACUUUGAGACUGAUGUUGUAUCUAAGAACGCCACAUUAAGUCCAGAAGAAAAACUUCAAAAAGAGGAAUUAGAAGCUAGAGUUGAAGUGUUACAAAACGCAGAGAAAAAAUACAAUGAUGUGGGACCUACAUAUGAUUGUGUUCUGUUCCAUGAUGGCUCUGUUUGGAGAGCAUGUAUCGACACGUCGGAGAGUGGGGAUCUGUCAUCAGGUCCGCUGUUGGGCGAGUUCAGCGUCACGCAGGAGCAUGCGCACCUCACUGAGCUGGACCAGAUGACCGUCAGCAUCAACGUGCAUGGCGACGGGGACACGCUCGAGGUCGUGGGCAUGUGCUCUACCCACGGAACUCACGUAGCUGCCAUCGCAGCCGGCUACUUCCCCGGCGAACCAGAACGUGAUGGCGUAGCUCCCGGAGCCAAGAUCGUUUCCCUUACGAUUGGAGAUAGCCGGUUAGGAUCUAUGGAAACUGGCACUGCACUCGUCAGGGCUUGUAUCAAGAUUAUGGAGCUUUCCAAGAAGAUGAAGAUCGAUGUUAUUAAUAUGAGCUAUGGAGAACAUGCUCAUUGGUCUAAUGCAGGGCGCAUCGGAGACAUAAUAUGUGAAGUGGUGAACCGCUACAAGGUGUCGUGGGUGGUGUCGGCCGGCAACCACGGGCCCGCGCUCUGCACCGUGGGCGCGCCGCCCGACAUCGCGCAGCCCGUGCUCAUUGGUGAGGAUACUUACUUGUCACCGCUAGCCUACUCCUUCCUUCCAGGUCGGCACGCUCUAUGGCCAGGCUCGCAUGCUUAG